AUGGGACAAUUGGCGGCGCGGUUAGCCGAAGGUGUUGAAGGACAGGAGGAAGCGAGGUAUAACAACAAAAGGAGGAAGAUGACGCCGUCGUGCAACCGUAAUAAAAAGCGCCGUGACCUGCGCAAAAACGUUCCCGAGUGCGACGAACGCUUGGAAAUGGACAAAGGGCAGUCUGUGGACGACGUGGUACGAGUUGCCAAAAUGGCGAAGCCGCCUGAGCAAUUUAAUGGGUCUGAGAAGCGUCGCAAGGUUGCGCCAUCGAACUGGCCUUCCAAAGUUUAGGGUUUGAAGAAACUAAGACAAUUAAAGAGGCGAUGCGAAAAGAAACUGAAAAAUCAAGGCAAUUACGCGUUACAAAUUCUAAAAAAGCGUUUGAUGUUAUCAUCAUUCUCAAACGCGUUUGAUCUAUUUUUAACCAUUGUAAGAGUUAAACCAGAAAAACAUUUCUACUAUCAGACUGAACUCAAAUCAAGAAUCAAGCGCAGAUUUAGUUCUUAAGUGACGUUCCAAUGUGUUCUCGUGAAAGCUUUGAGAAAGCGGUUUCAAAACUCGUUUUAAUCGCAAAAGAACCCUAAUUCAUCAUCAGUAACACGAACGCAGUGAUUGAUAUAGCAAUAUAAAUAUCAGUUGAGUCUGAAAAAAACAGAAGAAGCCGUUGUUAAAAGUCCACCCUAAGCCGUAUGAAUUUAAUAAAAAUUUUAAUACGGUAACCAAAGUUAAAAGCAAUAUAACUUCAAAAUUUGAGUAACUUAAGAAAGAAACAUAAAUAGCUGGAAAAACGGAAGAACAUUAAAACAUAAAUGAAAGCCGCCAUAUUUGAAAAGUUUGUUGCAAGAAUGCGAAUAAAGUUGGCGGGAUAAACUUUGCGCGUAUAAUACUGUGCCUUCAGUGCGGCUUACAUCCUGUGUGUCAGCAUGACAAAGUCAGCAGGAUUUACGCUAAGGUCAAAGCACUUUCUUUAAUUUCCCUUUCGAUUGUUUACUUUAUUUGUUUAUCGACGUAUCACUCUGCUUAUAUAAUGGUUUUUAGUGAACGCAUUAUCAUGUAGACGCGAUGGUUUUGUUGAAAAAUGAAGAGGCAGUUACAAUGGACCAUGAGCGCGCUGGAGAGAAGUGCGGUUUUUCAUCUGAGAAUUAUGUUCUGGGACGGUAUGUAAAAUUAAUUUUUGCCUCUUAAUGUAAAAGUCGUUUACAGUUUGAUCGGCGAAGGAUCAUUCGCAAAGGUUUACAAGGCUACUUCUAGUGAAAGAAAUGAGGUGAUUGCUGUGAAAGUUCUUAGACCAACGAGCACUUCUGCACCGGAAAGCGACGUUAAUAAUCUGAGUGAGUUUUAUUUUGGAUAAAAAAUUAUAUUCCAAAUCCAGAAAACGAUCAAAUUGCUUAUAUCUGUUAAUAUUUUCAAUAUAAUAAGUAUUUAACUGCAAAAAAACUAAGUUGUCAAGCAAAAUAUAAAAUUGAAGUUAUGCAGUUGUUCAGGAAAAUUGUGUCACGAGCGCAUAGUCAACUACUUUUCUGUUGUGGAAAAACCGAAUGGGCUUCGUGAAACACACGUUUUGAUGGAAUAUAUGCCGGACGACUUGGCCAAGUUUAUCAAACGGGAAGGGUCUUUGGGCCCAAAAUUAACUAUAUCUUAUACGGUUCAAGUAUGUUUAUCAUCGAAAAACCGUUUGACCUGAUUCUUAUUUUUGUAGAUAGCCGAAGGACUUGAAUUUUUACAUUCACAGAGCAUAAUCCACCAUGAUAUCAAGCCUUCAAACAUCCUUCUACGAGUCGACGCUGUGAAGAUCGCUGACUUUGGGUCGAGCGUUUUCGGGAACGAGCGGAGAAAACGCGGAAAACACGCGACGACGCCGAUGUAUUCUGCUCCAGAAGUCAGCCGCGGCACCGUGAAUGACGUCCGCUCGGACAUCUGGAGUCUCGGCGUCGUUCUGGUGGAGAUGUCUCAGGGCAUCUAUCCGUGGGACGUCAAGGACAAGCCGGUCGCUCUUAUUCCCCACAUCUUGGAACAGGAACCGCCCAGUAUGGAUGUUAGUUACUUCUCUAUUUUUCAUUUCAAGUGGUAACAUUUUCAGAAAAUGUCCGAAGAUCUGAUUUCGUUAGCAAAUAAAAUGAUUUGUCGGGUGGAUCAACGAGUAACUGCUUCUCAAGUCUUAUCUCAUCCUCACUUAAGAACUUUGUGA